AUGUACUCAGUAUCUGUUACGGCGCCUGUUAAUAUCGCCACCCUCAAGUAUUGGGGAAAGCGUGACUCUGUACUCAAUCUUCCUACCAAUUCUUCCAUCAGUGUUACACUCUCUCAGGACGAUCUAAAGACUACCACUACUGUUUCUUGUUCCGAUUCAGAGUCAUAUUCCGUCGAUCAGUUGUACCUCAAUGGUAAAUUAGAAUCCCUAGAGUCUCUUAGGUCUCAGAAAUGUCUUGGAGAAUUACGUAAGUAUAGAUCAGAGAUGGAGGCGAAGGAUGGUUCUCUCCCAAGGAUCUCUGAAUGGCCUUUACGAAUUGUCAGUGUGAACAAUUUCCCUACUGCUGCCGGGUUGGCCUCGUCAGCUGCCGGAUAUGCUGCUAUGGUAUAUGGAAUUGCCAGAUUAUACCGAUUACCAUUAGAUCGAUCAGAGUUAAGUAAGAUUGCUCGACAAGGGUCAGGCUCUGCAUGUAGAUCACUCUAUGGAGGCUUUGUAGCAUGGGAAAUGGGCUCGAAGAAGGACGGAACGGACUCCAGAGCAGUCCAAAUUGCCGAUGUCGGACAUUGGCCCGGUAUUCGGGCUGCCAUUCUGGUUGUUUCUGCCUCCAAGAAAGAAGUUCCAAGUACAGGAGGUAUGCAACUUACUGUUGGGAGUUCGGAUCUAUUUGAGUAUAGAGUGAAAAAUGUAGUUCCACCGAGAUACAAAGAGAUGGAGCAGUCCAUCAUCAAGAAGAACUUUGAAAAGUUUGCCGAGUUGACAAUGAGAGACUCGAAUUCGUUCCAUGCCGUUUGCUUGGACUCCUAUCCUCCGAUAUUCUAUAUGAAUGAUACGUCCAAGAGAAUCGUCAAGCUUAUUAACGAGCUCAACAAAUCCCAGGGACGUAAUGUUGCUGCAUAUACAUUUGAUGCAGGUCCAAAUGCAGUGAUCUACUAUGAAGAGAAGGACGAGCAUUUGGUUUUAGGUGUUUUGAAUGAAUUCUUUGGCCACUUGCCAGGCUGGGACAAGAAGCGUUCCAUCAAUUAUUCGUUACCCGACAGAUUUCCAAUCGAUCUGUUCAAUAAAGAUAUAUUCUCUCAAGGAGUAUCCAGUGUCAUUCUUACAGGAAUUGGAGAAGGACCAAAGGAGACACAGGAGGUUUUGAAAAUGCCUUAG